AUUGGAUUAUUGUUUAUCUGUUCCAUGCAAUACUGAGCCCUAAAAUGACAAUAAAACAACCACAAAACAAUAAACACGGAAGUCUAUAAGUUGUGUACUGAUGCGCAUGUGCAUCAUCGGCCAUGACAGAGAAUAUUUCUCAAAAAGGAAGUCCGAAACGUUGCAAAAAUUAAUUUCAGGUUCAAAAUACAGUUAUUUUCUUGGUGCAUUGGGAGAAUUCAAUGAGAUUAUGAAGAACGAUCCUUCCCUUUAUCUUGGUAUGUUAUGCCAUCAUUGAAUCCGGUUCGUUCAGGUGACAAUUCAGAUAUAUUGUAAUUAUGGUAGAAGGAUGACCACAACAGAAAUUGGAUUAAAUGUUCAACUGCUUCAAGACUUAAAACAGAAAUAUCCAGAAGUUGCUGAACAUGUUAUAUCUUUAUGUGUUCGACAGAAUAAAAACGAUAGAAAGAAAUGUAUAGAAGCUCUUGAUAGAGAAACACCCAAUGCUUUAUUUGGAAACGAACAAUAUAUACCUAAUAAAAUACAGGACAUGCACAUUAAUGACCAACGUACAAGGAGUGAUUCUGCAUCAAGUGGAAUAAGUAGUGCAAGCGCAUCUAGUUCUUCCUCAUAUAAACUUCCUAGUGAAUAUAGACCUCCACCAAUGGAGCCAAGUUUUACAUCUGAUUUUAAUCAGUAUGUUAAAAACCCUGGAAAUUGUAUACAGAACAUUGAAUGUCGUGUUGCAUCUACAAGUCCCCAGACAAAGACUAAUAAUGUUCCACCAGGGAUUCGGCAAAUUCCAGUUCAACAUUUUCAAACUAUACGCAGUCCCCAAGAAAAACCUUCAGGAAGCUCACAAAAUCCUUUAGUUUAUAAUAUUUUAUAUCAACAAGGUGACAAUAGACUACCACCAAGCAGUCAUGCUGUUGGGCAUCCUAAUUAUAUUAAUCAGCAUGGAAAUAUUAACUAUAGUUUGCAACGUUCACCCAUCACUAGCCAAGCUUCAAUGAAUCAGGGUCCUCCUGUGGCCCAGCGGUCUUUCUCUGUGCAGCCUUUAGAACAUGGGCAAUUGAACAUUAUAAGAUUACAACCGGGUGAUAGAACUCCAGUGUAUCAACCAGGGAACUAUAAUCCCUCUGGUUUGCAUGGGUCACAUAGUGAACCCUUUUUAACUGGCAUGGACAAUGGUGCAACACCUUGUAAUAAUUAUUACACACCUUUGGUUGUAAAUGUAGGGACGCCACCUACGUAUCAUCCUGAACACGGAAUUUCUCAAAGUGCUAGUGACAUCAACAUAAGUGGGGCAGUUAAUCCGCCCUCCUUUAAAUACUUGCCAGAUCCUUUAGGAGGAACUAGUCAUGGUGAUAAUGGACAUUUUUAUCCUUAUUAUCCUAAUGACUCUCAUAUUUCGGGACACCCUCCUAUAGCGUCUCGGAGCAGUAGUUCCGAAAGUGAUCACAGUGUGAUAGGAAAUCCAGACGGUGAAAGACGUCAUGUGUCCACGUUGACUUUUCAACCAAAAGUGGUGCCGUCACCCAGUUCUAGUCAUAGUAGUCUUAGUUCGGAUUCAUCUCAUAAUCAUCCGCCUCCUCCCGACAUUCCGAGGAGACAGUCUGGUAAUAUACAGGAGGAAGCAGCAUAUACUCAAGCACUUAUUAGUUUUCAGGAUGAUAGAAUGUUAAAAUUAAAACUUGAUUUAGAAUCAGAACUGAGAAAAUUAGCCAAGCUAAGAAGUCAAGUGAAUCAGAUGGAGAAAAAUAUGUUAGAAAACAGACGCACCACGAGAAGUGUUAACUGUUCCCCUUCAAUUGAAGAUGUUGCCAAGUUACGGGAGGUGAACCGAAGGUUACAGACAGACAUCCAAGUGAUGACAAGGGAGAUUGAUAAUUAUAAUAAUGGUCUAUUACCAUUAGGAGUCUGUGACCCUAAUGCACUAGAGCAACAGAACUUUUUCCAGAACAUGAAUCCAGGACAAAGGGGGAGUAUUUUUGCUCCCCCUCCUCCAGAUCCACCUACCAGUGAUUCACCACCACCACCUUUACCCCCACGGAUCCAUGCCAUUCCUCCUGCCCCACCCCAACAACCUCCAGCAGGGUCAGGGGAUUCAGAUGGGGAUGGAGAGCAGUGGAGUUGUUCAGCGUGUACCCUUCUAAAUCAUCCUGCCUUAAACAAGUGUGAAUGCUGUGAAAUGCCAAGAAUCAACUCUUCACCCCCAUCAACAGGUAGAGUGAGCCACACCCACCCAGGCAAUCAACUGUGUUUCUGUCAUGAUAAAUGAUUCUUGUUAGAAGUUGAAAGUAGACUGUGAUAAUCAUGUUUUAUUCGAUUUUUAGCCAGUAAUCAUUAAAUUCUCAUUUCACAUUAUAUAUAUAAAAAUAGAAAGAAUGACAUUGGUUUAUCAGUAAUCAUAAUGCAAUAAUAUUAUAUGUGUGAAGUAUGAGCAUACAGGGCAGUUUUUGUUUGAAUUGUUUAUCCAAAACUUUUAUAUUCUUUUCAACAUUUUAAAUGACAAAAAGUGCAGAAAUAUAAAUAUCUGUGGAGGUAUAGCGCCUGAUGUGCAUGACUUAUUCUUUGUUGCUAAAUGUUGUUUAUAAUUACAUGUCAAGUUAUUUUCACUCAUUUUAAAAUUUGCUCUUUUUUAUGCCUAAAAAUUUCAAAAACAAGAUGGUAUUUUUUUUCCUUUAUAUUGAAAUGAAAAUAUAGGGUAAUCAUGAAUAUAAUGAGAAACGUGACUUCAUGGGUAAAAUUUGCAAUUUUUUUUACUAGCAAAAGCACAAAGAAAAGAACUAAAUGAUAUUCUGUUUACUAUUGCAAUUCAUUUUGUACAGGUUGAACAUGUUAUAUCAAAACAAAUGCAGUAUUUACCUAGUCAAUCACAAAAUCAAAGAGCUAUGCCAAAUAAAAGUUUAAACAAUUUUAAGUGAACAUUCACUAUCCAUUUCUUCAUCAUUUGUGAUAGCAUGAAAUAUUUAGACCUGACACUUGCAUUCAUAGUUGUGUACAGACUUGGCCAAAUUUUACAUUUUGUGUGUAUGCCAUAUCCUGAUUUAAAAUGUAUUUUCCUUUUCCUACAUACUUUAGUAAAGUUGUUGUGUUUUUUUCAUGUCUUAUUUUUUUUUUAAAUAUAAAAAGAAUUUUUACUGUCAGUUGGGCUAUCGCAAAUAGAAAUAUAUUUAGGUAUUGCUCACUUAUAGUUUUAAGAUGAAAGUUAUUGAUUCUGGCUAAUUUUGAUUUUUUUUCUUUCGGGUUUGUUAUUUUUACGGGAAUUUCUCCUCAAAAGCAAUAGUUUAUGCUGAGUAUUAAUGUAAUGAAAAAAUCAGCAAGUAGGGUUAAACAUUCAGUGAUUUGAAUUAAUUUCUUGUUGCAUAUUAGUUAGAAACACACAAAUCAUGUCUUAGUGUAACACCAAAACUGAUCUGACAAUUAAAAUAUCCAUAUCAUUCUUUGUUUAACCAACAAAUAAGACAAUUAAAGCUAGAAACCGGCAAAAUGAUUGGGCAAAAAACAAUUUCAAAACUUCACUCAUAGAAAAUUUUCAAAAAGAAAAGACAAUCUAUUUUAAUUACAGCUCUUUCUCCACACUUUACUUACAAGGAUCAGUCAAUGAUCUAUUUUACUUCCUGUUCUGAAAUUCAUUACGUCAACCAAUGAAACUUAAACCUCUAAAUAUUUUAAGGAAUGUUUUAUCAAGGCAAAUCCAUAAAAUCUCAAAAAGUUCUUUAAACAGAAAGCAAAAAAAAACAUUGUCAGAUCCUAAGCGAAUUGGGACAUGAGGGUCUGUAUUUUGAUCAGAUUAGGCUAUGGUAAAGAUUUGUUAGAUGGAGAUGACAAUGAAAUUGCAUGUGGGUCACGAGCAUCUUAAGAAUUUUGCAUGCUAUAAACAACCGUACACCUGUUUUUGUUUUUGUUUUCAUUGUGUAAAAUGUGUUUAUUUCUUUGCAGGUGUAUCUUCACAUGGGACUUAACACCAGCAUGCUAGUUUUGGACCUGGUUUUAUUUUUAUGAUUUGAAUGUCUCAGAUGUUGUUAUGUAGAUUCAGAUAUAACCAAUCCGACUACCUGACCAAUUUUCAUUCUCCAUGAAAAUCUUUCUUCUGUCUUUCAUCGAAGCUCUACUUUUUUCAAAGCUUACAGUUACUGUGGAUUUUUUUUUUUCAUCACAAAUUUUUUGCGAGUUAGCGGACUUCUUAGGGGAUGUUUUAUUUUAAGGUUUUAACAAACUCUACAAGAAAAUCUACAGGCCAAAUACAUAUAUACAAGCUUAUAAAGAAUUUUGCAUUUUGUUAAACUUUAAAAUUUAUGGUAAACCACUAUCUUGGAAUCUAAGAAAAUUAGUGCCAGACAAAAAAAUCUGAAUCCACAGUAUACAUAUUUAUGUAUUUAUAUUAUGCAGUUUUAAAUGUUGCUGUUUAGUCAAAAUUUUUAUGUUUGAAAUUAAACUUGAUGUUACCAUGAUACAAAGGAGUAUUUUUUUAUUUUUGUCCGUUUAAUUAUGAGUUUCUUGGAAUAACUUGGGAGUUAUAAAUUUAUAUAUUUGCUUCACUAUAUAUUUUCAGUGUCACCAGAUUUGUAAUUGAACAAUUUUUAUAGAAGAUUUCCAACCCUGUGAUAGAUUUAUAUACUCACUAUAUUGUUUUUGCACCGUAGGCCUAUAUGAAAAAUGUCAGUGUUUCAGUUUCCUCUUUUUAUUGUUAUGGAGAGGAGUAAUAUAUGUAUUUGAAAUGAAAAUUAGGAGAUGUGUGGUUUGAAUAAAAUUAUUGAGAUUGGUGAUAUAUCUAAUUAAAAAUUUCUUCUUUUUUAACUUUCCACCAUUGUGAGCACCAAGGGAAAUAAUGCAGACGUCUACCUACUUGAAACAAUACUAAAGUUAAAACCUUUAUGAAAUUAAAUAUUGACAAAUUUACCCUACUUUUUACACUGAAACCUGAAACUCUCCAUUUUUGGUUGGCCACAAUUCUAUGUUUCAGUUUGUUUAAAAAUAGAAAAAAAUAACUUAACAGUUUAUAAAGAAUUUUUCAAACAGAGAGUUAAUCUAAAGCCAGUAUGUCCUAUUGUUUUGUUCAUAAAUAGAUUUAUUUCUUUUGGAAAAGUAUUUCAUAUACUCUAUAUAGCUUUUUUUGAUAUUUUGUCAUUUGGUGACCGAUUUAUCAACUGUACACAUGGUACACAUCUGCAAAUUUAUAGACAAAAAAUGGCAAUACUGUGGAUUCAUUAUUAUUCGUUGGUUACUAAUUCUUUUGGAUAUGUGGGUAUUCAGUAAAACAUAUAUUUUAAAAAUUCAUGAAUUAAAAAUUUUCCAUAAGUUUGUAUAUUGAAAUCAAAAUUCCACGAAAAUUCAAUUUUUCCUCAAUCCAAUUGGUAUCCUUGAAAAUUAAGAAAUCUCACAGUAUCAUAGAUUUACUUUAAUUUAAAGAAGAACUUUGAAAAAAGUAUUUUGAUUCACAAAUUUUACUAUGCAUGCAGUUAUCUAUGCACAACCUUUGUCCACAUGAGAAAAUCCAGGUGUUUUUCAGGUAAAUGAAUUGAAAAAGUAUAAUACAUAAAGGCAAUUUUAGUUUUGAUAAUUUUUUUCUCAUUUGUGAUAUCCAUCUAAGAUUGUAUUAGGUAUUUCAAAAAUUGUACAAGAUAGUGAAAUAUAACAGUUGCUGAUUAUUUUCAAUUUAUUAAGUUUUUCUUCAGAAAUAAUGGCAAUUCAGAGUUGUAGUAUUUUUUAAAAGACACAGCAUAAAGUGAAACCUAUGUAAUACCUACCCCUUUUAAGAAAAAGCCUUCACAACAUUACAUAAUAACUUCCAUAUAAUCUGGCACUAUGCUUCCAAAAUAGAUUUAUGAAAGUUUCUUCCUUGAAAGCGUACAUUUUUUCAAUGAAUUUAAUUCCAUUCAGAGAGAUUUUUCAUAAGAGGUUUUACUCCAUAUUAAUCCAAUUUUUGACUGAUUUAAUUUUGUAUUUUACAAAUGGCAGAAGUUUGUAACCUUUUAAAAUAUUGUCAACCACUCUUUAUAUGGCAAAAAGUCAUAUAGUUUGCUUUCCUGCUCCCAUACAUACCCUGAAUUUUUAUACUUAAGUAUACUCUUAACAAAUGAGCUGCAUCGGAUAAAAAAAUCAAUCUUAUCCAAAAAAGUAAAAUAACAAAAAUCCUGAACUCUAAAGAAAAUUCAAAAAGGAAAGUCCCUUAUCAAAUGGCAAAUGAAUAUCAAUACAUCUGUCAACCUAAAUCAGGUUGAAAAAAUCUCUAUGGAAAGUCUGUAACUGUUUCAAAAUUUAGUUGAUAUAAGAACCCUUCAAUACAGACCAAAAUUCAUCUUAAAUUUUGUAUUUGAAUGUUCCAAAAUCAAUCAAAGACUUGUAUGUUUACAUGUGUACAUGCACUUGUAUAAGGUUGAUUUCUAUUUGAUGCAGCUCACAUAUACACAAUUUUGGCUAAGGUCAGGUCAUUUACUAUUUCCAAAAUAGUAAUAAGAAUGUGUAAAAUAUUGAAAAAAAUGAAAUUAUUUUAGAUCCUACCCUUUUUAAGCUGGGAGGCAGGAAACAAACGAGUAUAUAUAUUUUUUGGCCUUAUAUGAAUUCCACUUUACUUUCAUAUCUAGUUACACCAUGCAAUUGAAAACACAUAGUAAGAAUAUGAAACAACCUGAAAUAAGACAUUUGCUCAUGGAUGUAUUUAUUUAUCCCGCCAUAUUUUCAAGACAAUCAUUUUGUCUGUAACUGUAAAAUAACUUGUGCUUUAGUGAUUUUUCUAGAAUAGAUUAAAUAUAUACAUAUAAAACAGAAAGCCAUUCUUAAGCUUUAAUUGAAGAAUAUUAAAAGAAAAUGUACCAUGAAAAUUAUCCAUAAGAAUUUUCAUUUAAGCAUUGUGAAACUUGAAUGUUCAUCAUUAUAUUAUUAAUUUUAAAGGAUUUUUAAGGAUCUUUGAUAACAAUUUGAGGAAUUCCAAUCAAUUAUUGAUUUUGUAGUUUUUGAUGCAUCAGAGUUUUUAACAGUUUGACAAUAUAGAAAUCUGCAAGAUGUAAAAGAUAGUUACCCAUUUCACCAAAUAUCUAUGAGUAAAAUCACUAGUAAGUUGCAAACAUUUUAGUAUAACUUAAGAACAAUUUUAGUCGAGAGACUUUUUGUGAGUAAUGCAAAGAAUAGCUUUUUAUCUACAUUUAAACCAUACAUUUUUUUGAGGCGCCAUGUUGAAGAAUAAGCUUUCUGCUUUAGUUAAGGGGGGAUAAUAAAGAAUUAUUUCUGUUAAUUAAUGCAACAAAAUGUGUUCAAACAAGCAAUGUUUUGUACAUGUACCAUGCCUAUAAAGAUAAAGAGAGGCUUUAUAGUUUUGGAUUUCAGAAAAUAAUUGUAUUUGAAGAUUUACCUUUUAUGAAAGAUAUUUUUUAAUUGGAAUAAAAAAACUUUCAAAAGAAAUGGUCAUGUUUCAGAUUUUAAUGAUUAUUUUAACAAUUGGUACAUAUGCUUGUACCAUGCUCACUUUAUUGACUGUUACAAAACAUUGAAACGAGGGUAGUGAAUCUUGUUUACUAAACUGGAAGUGAAAAUACCUCAUUUUCAAGGCAUUAUAGUCAUCAGCUUAAAUAUUUUCUUAUCUCUUCACAGCAUUUAGUAAAAAAAAUCCAGUUAGCUGUAGUCAUAGGAAUAUGUGAUCAGCUAAAUAAAAAAGUCUGUUUAGAACAAGUAGUGUACUUCAUGUUCAUUUCUUUCAAUUGUUACUCAGAUUUCAAGGUCUUUCAUUUUAAUGUGGAGAUUGCAAAAAUGUAUGAGGCCAAAAUGAAUAAAAGUAAUUGUGUUCAGUGUUUCCUUUCCUAUCUUAUUUAUGUACCUCAAAAUUUCUGUUGACCAUUUUGGAAGUAAAUCCUGACAACAUUUACUCAAAAGUAAAUUAACUGAGCAAAAUAGUUUGAAAAAAUUGAAGAAGGGAAUGCUAAACAUGGCUACAUUUUUAGUUUGUCCUUACUAUGUGUAGAUAGAUAAACUGCUACAAAACAUUUUACAAUGUAUUUCUAUAAAAAUUGGUAAAAUUAUCUUAACAUUCUGUGGCUAGAUUUAUUAUGAUAUUAAAAUUCAUUUGUCAUUGAAAGUAUAAGAAUUAUGUGUUAUAAUGUACAGUGAAAACUGUUUAAAAAAGUCUAUGCUCUAGAUUUCUGAUUAGACAGGUGUCUGGUUUAUGCAAUGUUAAGCUUUCCCAUUUUUGAUGUACAGAACACAUCAUUUGUUUAAAUAGAUAGAAACCAGAAGCAUAUUUAAUAUUAAAAAUAGAAACUACAAUUAAUAAGUCUACAGACCAUUGUUUACAAGUGAAUAACAGUAAAAGGGCAUUUUUGUUUUUAAAAAAAAGUAUGGUAAAAAAUAAUGGUAUCCUGAAUAAAUCAUUGUUUUAUGCAUCAAUUUUUGUUUAAAAAAAUGUCAAUUUUAUGCUGUUUUCUAGAAAAUGAAAUAUUCAUGCAAAACCAAUUUUACUUGAAAAUCAUGUAGAUUUUGUGGUAAACAUUAUCUUUAAUUGUGUAUUACAUUACUUUUGGAAAGCUAAUUAAUGUAAAAGAAAAAAUGAAUUUGUUGUUAGUUUUUCACCAGAUCUUUUAUCAUCAAAUUGUCUUAAUAAUGAAAUGUUUUUCUCUGUAGUCCACUAUAGCUGUUACUUAAUAGAAGGUUACUCUCUUGUAGAUGUUUUUUCUGUGGCUAAUGACUUUGUGCAAUGACUUAUUUUAGAGAAAAACAGUACAUUACAAGUUAAUGUUUGUUUUUUUGAUAUUACUAUUUCUUAGUUGUGUUUUCUAUCUUUGAAGUUGUUAAUUUUGGAAAAAAAGUAUAUUCAGAAAUUACACACUAAUUUGUUUGGAUUUAGACAAGAAUUGGACCUUUAAUGUUGAAUUGUGAAACGAUUAGCAAUCAAAAGGUUGUGAUAAUAUUUAGAAUGUUGAAGGAUGUAAGUAAAAUUGAAAACGAGACAUACUUAUAAAACAUGUUCCAAAAUGUUCAAAUGGUUGUUCAUUUAUUUUCAAAAGUUUAAACUUCACAUUUUUAAGGUUCAAAUGAGAUUACAGUAGUAAUUUUUAAUAUUAGAACUAAAAAUGGUUUGUGAAAAACAUAUUCAGACAUAGAAGAGAGACAUUACCUUUUUAGUGAUUUUUUGACCGAAAAAAUGACCAUUGUAUUUUAAUGUACUGUAUCUAUAUACUGUUAGAUGAUUUUAUAUUGUUUAUCAUGUUAAGAAUCAUGAAUUCCAUUUUAAUAGUCCAUUUAUAGCUUACUCAGAUGCUUAUCUCACAAAAUACAAUCCCAGGAUUUUUACUCUUCAGGUUUUUCAUCUUGCCAAAAAAGGGGGGUCUUAUUUCAGAUUUGUUGUUCAUGUUUGUCUCCUGUUGUUGGCUAAAAAAUACUUAUAAUAACAUUUCUGUGUAGUUGUUUCAUCCAUCUUUUGUAAUGAACUAAUUUCAAAAAUGAUAUUUGUUCCUCUAGAGUAAAAUUCCUGGAAUUGAUGAACAUUUUUGCCAAUUAAAUAUCCCUUAUAAAUUGUAAACAGAAUCUGAAUAGUAAGCCAAAAAAGUGUUGUCUAUAAGUGAGUAUUACUAAAAGAUGAUAUAUCUUUUUGAUAUACUUUGUUUUAAAUAUCUAUUCAAAGAAUGUUUGGUGAGAUUGUUUUCUUUUUCAACAGACUUAAUUGUAAUUUGAAAUAAGAAAAAUCUAUACAAAUACAAUGUCAUACUUUUGGUACCAUAUCAAUGGAGCAAAACCAUAGAUUUUAGAAACAGAAAUAUAAUCUUGAACUAUCUUGUUCAAAAGAAAUGAUAUUUGCAAUUUUCCUGUUUUCUAUUUUCGUCCAAUUACAAGAUAAAACCUUCUUUUUUUUUAUACCAAAUACACAUUAAUUAUAUAAAUACUGCAAUUACUUCUUGUACUUAAAUCUCAUGGAAAAAAUACUCCCAUGAUGAAAUUUUUCUGUCCAAACAAUCAUGUAUGUUAAACGAUUUGAAAGAUUUAAACAAACAUUUCUUUUAAAAUUUAAAACAAAAUAAAGUAGAAAAUGAGAAUAUCAAAAGGUAUUAAAUGCUAAAAAUAGAAUUGGUUACUAUUUAUAGACAUUUUGGUUUGAAUGUGGUGCUUGUAUGAGUAGACUUUAUAUUGAGUCUUUUGAGUUUGUACUAUAUUAAAGCUUAUAAUAAUAUUUAUGCACGAUUCUGUGCAUAUGAUUCACUUGUGUAUAAAAAUAAUUAUUAUUAUGAGAAAUAAAUUGUUGAUAUUUGAUUA